GGGGAAGCGCUGGGGAUCGGGUGGGUAAUAGUUGGAGCGCUCGGGAGACCGACCGCAUUUAUCGUUGAGGUUUAUUUCAGGGGAGAUUGAUUAACCAUGUCAGUUUACAAAAUUGGAAAAUUGAUAAUCGAAGGCAAGACCAAACAGGUCUUCGAGCUUCUGGAGGAUCCGACGUUAUGUCUCUUGCAGAGCAAAGACAGAAUCACCGCUGGGGAUGGAGUGAAAUCUCACGAGUUGGCUGGCAAGGCAGCGAUCAGCACAGCCACCACUGCCAAAGUAUUUGAGUUAUUGAAUCAGGCUGGAUUGAGAACUGCUUUUGUUAAGGUCGCAGGGGAGACCUCAUUUAUCGCGAAAAAAUGUGAAAUGGUGCCUAUUGAGUGGGUGACUAGACGAUUGGCGACCGGAAGUUUCGUGAAAAGACAUACUGGUGUCCCAGAGGGCUUUCGUUUCAAUCCACCUCUUCAGGAGACAUUCUUCAAGGACGAUGCAAACCACGAUCCCCAGUGGUCGGCCCAGCAAAUUGUCUCCGCUAAUUUCAAGCUCAAUGGUGUGACAAUUGGCCAAGACGAGUACGACAUCAUGAACCGCACGACUCUGGCUGUUUUCGAAGUGUUGGAGAGAGCCUGGGCCACUCGGGACUGUGCGUUGAUCGACAUGAAAAUUGAAUUCGGUAUUGAUGCUACUGGGGAGAUUCUAGUUGCUGAUAUUAUUGACAGUGACUCCUGGAGGCUCUGGCCGUCCGGUGACAAGAGGCUCAUGAAGGACAAGCAGGUAUACAGAAAUCUGACGACAGUGACAGAUGCCGAUCUGAACACAGUGAAACGUAACUUCGAAUGGGUGGCAAAUCAGCUGGACUACCUAGUUCCCCCGGCGAGUUCAAAGAUAGUAAUCUUCAUGGGGUCACCAUCAGACGAAGAGCAUUGCAAUAAAAUCGCGCGAUUUGCAGCUGCCCUAGGCCUAAAAGCUGAAUUGCGCGUUACGAGUGCCCACAAGGCCACAGCGGAGACUCUAAAAAUUCUCUCCGAGUACGAGGGAACCGGGGAAAAGGUGGUGCUGGUGGCUGUCGCCGGUCGAUCCAAUGGUCUGGGUCCAGUACUUUCUGGUAACACAGCUCUGCCGGUCAUCAAUUGUCCACCCGUCAAGCCUGAUAACGUCGCACAGGAUGUUUGGUCUUCGUUGAAUGUGCCAUCAGGUCUCGGUUGUACUACAGUACUCUACCCCGAGAGUGCAGCCCUCGCAGCCGCCCAAAUUCACGCCCUCCACGACCACCUCGUCUGGUCUCGUCUCCGUGUCAAGCAACUCACCAACUUCAUAACUUUGAAACAAGCUGACAUCAAACUCCGAAACUAAUGUUUCUCCCAUUGCUGAUCCAAACAAUCGUGACAGAUGUUGAUUGUCGCACUAAUUGUCUACGCCCUACUGCUUCUACUCCUGGUGAUACUCUAUUGGAUACAAAUCUACAACAUUCGAAUAUUUCCUACGAAGCAACUAUUCGAGUAACUGUUCGUGUUUAACAAUGGAAUUGCAUUCCACUAGAUAAUUGUCGCCGUUAUUAUUUUUUUAUGAAUAAAAAAUUAUCUACAGAUA